AAAUUUGAUUUCCACACUGCUUCGAAAAGUCUCGUUCCCGUCGGAAUCUGCGUUGCUGAGCCUGUAUGUAUGGUCGUCACGUGGUGCUUUUCUUUACAUUAUUUCGUUUCCUGGUAUCUACAAAUAGCAUUUGUUCUGGUCAUGUGCACAUUAUUCUGGUCACUUUACAAGAUUGUAUUUUCUAAUCCCGGUGUUAUCGAGCCAAAAGAAGACGCACGAACUCAAUUUGUGAACAUGCUUGAGCACUGUGAACGCGUUAAUUACUGCUUCACAUGUUGGGUCAACAAACCAAAACGAGCGAAACAUUGCAGUGUUUGUGACAGAUGCGUUAUGGAUUUUGACCACCAUUGUCCUUGGCUUCAUCAGUGUAUAACGAUUCGGAAUCUCCGCAUGUUCCUUUUGUUUGUCGCAUGUGUGGCUAUAUCUGCAGGAAUUUUUUCUUACGCAUGCGGCCACCUCAUAUAUACGAGAAUUGAGAGAAUAAAUCCAGGUUCGUGA